AUGACGAUGGGAAAUGAAGAGGGGGUGGGGGAAAGGCAGGAGAAGGUGAGAUGGAAUGAGAAGGAGAUGGGCAAGGAAGAGAGGAAGGUUAAGGGGCUGGGGGACGGGCCGGGGGGCCUCUCCGCCUACCGCCCCGACAACGACCCCCGGGACCCCGACAGCGGACCCGAGGACGGAGUUCUGGACUUCAGUGACCCCUUCAGCACUGAAGUGAAACCUAGGAUCCUGCUCAUGGGGCUGAGGAGAAGUGGAAAGUCUUCUAUCCAGAAAGUUGUCUUCCACAAGAUGUCACCCAGUGAAACGCUGUUCCUGGAGAGCACCAACAAGAUCUGCCGCGAAGACGUUUCCAACAGCUCCUUUGUGAACUUUCAGAUCUGGGACUUCCCUGGACAGAUUGACUUUUUUGACCCUACAUUUGACUAUGAGAUGAUCUUCAGGGGCACAGGAGCACUAAUAUUUGUUAUUGAUUCCCAGGAUGAUAUAUGGAGCCUGGCCAGGCUGCACCUCACUGUGACCAGAGCCUACAAAGUAAAUCCUGACAUCAACUUUGAAGUGUUUAUUCAUAAAGUUGACGGUCUGUCAGACGAUCACAAGAUCGAAACCCAAAGAGACAUUCACCAGAGAGCAAAUGAUGACCUGGCAGAUGCUGGAUUAGAAAAAAUUCACCUCAGCUUUUAUCUGACAAGCAUCUAUGAUCAUUCUAUUGAACUUUUAGCAAAGUGGUUUCAGAAGCUGAUUCCACAGCUCCCCACACUGGAGAACUUACUCAACAUCUUUAUAUCAAAUUCUGGGAUUGAAAAAGCAUUUCUGUUCGAUGUGGUCAGUAAAAUUUACAUCGCUACGGACAGUACCCCUGUGGACAUGCAAACCUAUGAGCUCUGCUGUGAUAUGAUUGAUGUGGUCAUCGACAUUUCGUGUAUCUAUGGCCUCCAAGAAGAUGGUGCGGGAACUCCUUAUGACAAAGAAUCAACAGCAAUCAUAAAACUGAAUAACACCACGGUUCUUUAUUUAAAGGAGGUGACAAAGUUUCUGGCUCUCGUUUGUUUCGUCAGGGAAGAAAGUUUUGAAAGAAAAGGCUUGAUUGACUACAAUUUCCACUGUUUUCGCAAAGCAAUCCAUGAAGUGUUCGAAGUGAGAAUGAAAAUAGUGAGGUCCCGAAACCUUCAGAAUCACCUGCAGAAGAAUGAAGGAGCCAUUUCUAAUGGAACACCCAGAAUCCUGCUUUAGGGGAAAAAUAAAAAAUGCUGCAUCGCCUGAACAGGAGGUGAAAUAGAGCAGGUGACCUGGAUUACUGCACUAAAAUCUCUGCAACUCACAAUCCAGCAAUUUUUUUUUCACAAAGUAAACACUUUGAGCAAAAAACUUGUAGAUAAACAAUGUGUCAGUUGUAAGAAUUUUCUUAUCAUGAAAUGUAAGCUUUUUUGGUCCUUAAUGAGAAAAGUCAGAGUGAGAAUUGUCAGGUACUGUAAAUACUUUGCACUUUUUCAUGUUUUUUCCUCAUGGAUCUGAACUUUGAUUAAAAAAAAAAAAGCAAACUAGUUUUCUAAGGAGAUUUCCCUGCAGGGUGUCAAUUACUUCCAUAUCAUAGUACCUUUACAUAUGGCCAUCAGAAAUCAAUCAAGAAAUGGUAGAUGGCCACAUUGCCCUUUUAUAAAUUUGUGACUGGUUGAUAUCUCCUAUACAAACAACUUCAUUUAUUUUUUUAAUCUGUAGUUAGGGCAAUUUGGGGUUGCAAAAAGAAUCUGCCCCGGAAUUGUAGCCGUUCAAAGACCAGUGUUUUGUAAAAUGGGCCGAAGGCCAAUUUCUCAGACUUUUCCAUAGCCCUCUCUCUUUUCAGGUCUUUUUACUGAACUAUUUUACCUCAACAGAGCCUCUAAAAUCACUUUCUACGUAGAGGAUAUUUAUUUGGUAAGCCUGCUCUUUGCUGUAUUUAACAACAUAAGGGACUCAAUUUUUGAAAUGGUGCCCACCAUUUCCAUGCCUAGAGAAAGAGGGUGGAAUUGAAACCUAGAGAUAUCUUUGGCUCUCGGUGCCAGUUUCCUCACCUAUGGUGAAGGGCGGCUGGUAAAACAUGGUGGCUGGUGAAACAAGAAUGUGUCAUCUUGAAGCGAAGACCCCCAGGAAAAAGGGAAGUCAUGGCUGAGGUUACUCAGGACUCUGAUUUUGAAUCUUGCUCUGCAUCCCAACAGAACAAAUUCCAGCCGAGAUCAAAUGCACGGCAGGCCGAUAAUUGCCUAUUCUGAAAAUUCCCCAGAGAAAUAGUUUUUUUCUGUUCAAAAAAAUCUGGCAAAUGUGUGUUUUUUUAAAUGGGGGUUUAUCCCAAAGGUGGAACCAUCCUGGAAUGCCUGUUAAACAGUAUUUAUUAAAAUAUCUUUAAUUUAUUUAACCCAGAUGGGCUCUUGCCUUUCAGUAUGCUGGGUUUUUAAUAUCCUGGAAUUUUAAAAAUAACACCAAAAAACAUGUGCCUUAAAAACCUAUCUUAGCAUUAAAUGAUUAUUUGGGAAAGAAACUAGCGGAGAAAAAGAUCUGUCCAGCCCCUAUUGGUGAACUCUAUGAUAUUUCACACAAAAGAGAUUAUUUUUGUUUCCAUCUGGUAAUUCAGUAGGAGUGUUGGCCUCUUAAAAGACAUAUAUUAUAAUGACAAAGUCACAAUUUUUCAGGUACACAAAAUUGGAGUCCCCAAAUGGGAAAAUAUUAUUCUGAACAUUUUACCCUUUUUUUUUUGUGACACAGGAUUUGAUUGAUUGUGUUGGUGUUGUGGGUCUUCCUCCCGAUACUAUAAAUUUGAAGAUAAAAUGUGUGGGUGUCUCCAAUGACUUGCCUCAGAGCAUUUUUAGUCAUUCACAAAAUAUGCUUUGGAAUUUGUGCUUUCCAGAGCGGGGCCAUAUUUUGACUGUAAUGGUAACUGAAUGUAUGAGUGUAGAGAUAUGAUUGGUUUGAUGAAGUUGUUUUUUUCAUAGAUUAUUUUGAAGGGAUAGAUUGUUAAUGGGUUUAACCAAGCUGGAGGGCUUUGCUGAAAGGAAAUUCCAAACAGGAUGGCAGUUAAUAAAUGAACAUAGUGUUCUGAACCUCCAAGAGUAAAAACAUUAAAACCCAUAAAUGCAUUGCAAUAUA